GACCUAUCGACUGGUGUAUUUUAAUGAUAGGGCCAAAAAAGCGUCCUCGACAUUUUCGCCCACUGUAAAAACGCACUCACAACGAUGAACACCUCGGACCUGAAGUUACCAGAAGACCUGGAAGAUGUGACUCUGUCGGACGUCGCGGAGCUCUUGGGCGUUCUGGAUAAUGAUGCAAGCCAUGAUCUUCAAAUCGGCCUGAAGGAAGUCAAACCCGAUGAGUCGAAUGCCACAGCAAAAUCCCGUCCGAGACCGAAAAAGGCAUCAAAUCAACCGUCCAGAAAACGAAAGAACAAGCCAGGCUACUCGACUCAACGACUACGUCGGAGAAAGGCAGAGGCAAUUGAACUAAGCAGACAAAUCCCUAUCCUAGAGGAGUGACUGGCACGAGUGAAACACCCUCGUACCGUCGACGGCGAGCGAGGAAUUUCGCCACAACAGCGGAAACAGAGUAGCAAUCAAUGGGCGUCACUGCACUGGAAGAGUUUCGCAAGCGUCGUAUGGCUGAGACCAUCAACAGAAAACUCAAGGCCGUCCUGGCGCAUCAAGUUAAGCUCAACAGGGCCUUGUUAGGGGUCAUCCAAGAUGAAUCUGCGCUUAGUCAGGAGAAGAAAUUCGUGUUUGAAAGCCCACCAACAGCUCGAACAGCACUCUCAAGUCUUGAUAAUAGUCACGCACUAGUCGAACAACUCGCCCAAGCUGUACCACAUCUGUACUCGCUGUCCGAGACUUUGUUUUCCCAUAAGAACGUGCCGUCUUUCGGUUGCAGUAUGCAGCCCGGCAUUGACGUGUUUGGCGGUAGAAUCAUCGAACUCGUCGCGAGGGUUCCAGUUGAGAACUCGCUCAAGCAGGUUAGCGACGUCAUGUGGCAGGACCUCAACGGCCCCUGCAAUAUGCCAGACAAGUCGUACCGCUACAUGAAUGAACGAGGACCUGAUGCCGUGGCCAAGAGCUUCGACUUAACUGUUCGAUGCCCCAGUCGCACAACGGCAACCCACGGUCUCCAAUACUUGCAAUGGUUCGAGGAGGAAGAGCAAAUCGUUCAUAUUCGGCUAUCCAAGCUGCUGCUUCCGACUGAAGGACUGCAAUUGUGCAGUCACGCUUGGUCCGUCAUCUCGAAAACUACAACUGAAAAGUGCGAAGUGAAAUUUUACUUGCAACUCUUUGUCGAGCGACAGGAAGGGUUUUCGGCGGUGGAAAACGAUAUCAAGUUCAUUCAGGAAGAUGUGCUGGACACGUGGGCGAUGAAGUUGCGCUCGCAUUGGCAGUGGCAGCAAGAGUUGGUGACAGUGAACACUACACGGUAAAAAACAAAUGAGUUAGGGAAGACACUUCCCAGUGCCCAAAUUCCUACUGACAAAUACACGUACAUUAGUUCUCAA